AUGCUGAAAAGCAAUAGUAGAGCAAAAGCAAGGCGAAAGCAGGAGCAAAAGCAGGAGCAAAAGCAGGAGCAAAAGCAGGAGCAAAAGCAGGAGCAAAAGCAGGAGCAAAAGCAGGAGCAAAAGCAGGAGCAAAAGCAGAAGCAAAAGCAGGAGCAAAAGCAGGAGCAAAAGCAGGAGCAAAAGCAGGAGCAAAAGCAGGAGAAAAAGCAGGAGCAAAAGCAGGAGCAAAAGCAAGAGCAAACGCAGGAGCAAAAGCAGGAGCAAAAGCAGGAGCAAAAGCAGGAGCAAAAGCAGGAGCAAAAGCAGGAGCAAAAGCAAGAGCAAACGCAGGAGCAAAAGCAGGAGCAAAAGCAGGAGCAAAAGCAAGAGCAAACGCAGGAGCAAAAGCAGGAGCAAAAGCAGGAGCAAAAGCAAGAGCAAAAGCAGGAGCAAAAGCAGGAGCAAAAGCAGGAGCAAAAACAGGAGCAAAAUCAGGAGCAAAAGCAGGAGCAAAAGCAGGAGCAAAAGCAGGAGCAAAAGCAGGAGCAAAAGCAGGAGCAAAAGCAGGAGCAAAAGCAGGAGCAAAAGCAGGAGCAAAAGCAGGAGCAAAAGAAGCAGGAGCAAAAGCAGGAGCAAAAGCAGGAGCAAAAGCAGGAGCAAAAGCAGGAGCAAAAGCAGGAGCAAAAGCAGGAGCAAAAGCAGGAGCAAAAGCAGGAGCAAAAGCAGGAGCAAAAGCAGGAGCAAAAGCAGAGCAAAAGCAGAGCAAAAGCAGAGCAAAAGCAGAGCAAAAGCAGAGCAAAAGCAGAGCAAAAGCAGGAGCAAAAGCAGAGCAAAAGCAGAGCAAAAGCAGAGCAAAAGCAGAGCAAAAGCAGAGCAAAAGCAGAGUAAAAGCAGAGCAAAAGCAGAGCAAAAGCAGAGCAAAAGCAGAGCAAAAGCAGAGCAAAAGCAGAGCAAAAGCAGAGCAAAAGCAGAGCAAAAGCAGAGCAAAAGCAGAGCCAAAGCAGAG